AAGAGUCCGCCAGGGCGCCACCGCCGCCGCCACUACCACCGGUCCCGGCGCCAUCUUGCACGGAGCCGGGGCCGCUUUGCCGAGGAAGCGGCCGAGCACAACCACAACCCGCCCCUUACCUCAGCUUUCUCACCGGCCCUGGGCCACCGCUCGCCGUUAACUUCCCCCUCCUCCCCUCCCCGGUCCUGUCGGGCGGCCUUCCCGGUAUCUGUCACUCUUCGGAAGUGGAGUGUUUGUGAGUGAGUGAGAUCCGUCCGUCCCUCUCCGUCCGCACGUCGGGAGUGACAGCGGCUCUCCAAGAGUGCAUGAGAAUCCAGUUUGGCGCUGAUCUCACUCCCGGUUCUGGGUCGAUCCGGCUCCGAGCUCGAGCUCGAGCUCGCGCCCGCCCCCAAAACAGAGUCAACUUUAACCCCGCGCGCCCAACGGUCUGGUGCCGAUCCGGAGCAGAGUGUCCAAGCAGCCGGAGCCGUGGCCGCCUCCCAACAGCGAAUGAUCGAUCAGAAGAGGAUAUCUAAUGAGCGAGCGAUCCUGUAGUUUGCAAUGGAGGAAAGCGAUCCAUUAACUACACCUGAAAUUGAGAUGUUAGCUGAUGUGCCUCAACGUGUGUUGAAGGGACUUCCUCAAGAGGUGACUUUAAAACCAUCAGCAGUUGAUGAGAAACGCUUAGGUGUGUGGGCCACAAGGUCCAUUCAGAAAGGGAGAAAAUAUGGUCCAUUCUCCGGAGAAAGGAAGAAAAAGUCCCAGGUCAAGAAUAAUGUAUAUAUGUGGGAGGUUUACUUCCCCCAAUUCGGGUGGAUGUGUAUUGAUGCCACAGAUCCAAGCAAAGGCAACUGGUUGCGAUACGUGAACUGGGCUCGCUCCUCCGAUGAGCAGAACCUCUUCCCUCUGGAGAUCAACAGGGCUAUCUACUACAAAGUUUUCAAGCCUAUCCAGCCAGGGGAAGAACUGUUGGUGUGGUACAAUGGGGAAGACAACCCAGACAUUGCAGCUGCUCUAGAGGAAGAGAGAAGUACUAUUCUGAACAAGAGGAGCUCUCCCAGAGGCAGGAAAGGAAGAAGAAAAGUUCGAAGACAGAAAUUUGGAAUUGAGGAAGGAUUCAAAGGAGGAAAAACCAAAAUUGCUUCUGAUAUUGUGGUAACGCUGGAGGGAGAAAACACAGCAGGUUCGGAGAAGGAUGAACCUUGUGCCCCUACAGCCCAUUCACAAGAGGAGAGAGUAGUGAUUCACCAAAUAGUUACUCAGAAGAUUCUGCCUCAGCUGAAGUAUCCACAAAUGUCUCUUGAGCCAGAAGCAAUGGCAGAAGAGAACGAUUCUAUUGAGAAUCUCCCCAAAAAGAAAAUUUCUGUUAAAUCGCUGAAGCAGAAAUCAAAAAGCGAUCAGAAUGGAAUGGGAGACAUUGAAGAAACCCAUAUGUUUCCUUGUAAAAAUUGUGAGCGCAGAUUUACCACAAAACAAGGUCUGGAACGUCACCAGCACAUUCACAUAUCAACAGAAGGAUUCACGUUCAAAUGCAAGUAUUGUGGUAAAGCCUUCGGCACCCAUAUCAACAUGAGACGUCAUGAGCGACGCCAUGAAGCUGGGCCUAAGAAGAAAGCCACUUUAAAAAUUAAUAUGGCUGGACAACUCCAAAAGGACGAUUUUGAUUUUGACAAAACAGCAAUUGACAUCAGUGUUAAUUCUUCAACUGGACUGGAAAGUCCUGUAGCUCUGGAAAAUUAUAAGAAAACUGAUUCUGAAGCAACACCCCAAAACUUGGAAAGUUCUCUUGUCAAGAGCUGUGAAUCAAAAAUUCAACACCCAUGCAAAUUGUGCAAAAAAACAUUUGGUUCUUACACAAACUUGCGUCGCCAUCAACGACGUAUCCAUGAGCGUCACCUCUUUAAGGGUAUUAGAAUGAGACGGAAAGGCUCUCCGGAUGAGCAGGACCCGACAUCAGACCAAAUCAGGUCAUCUUCUGGAUUUCAUAUUGCUAGCACAGAAACUGAAGACGAAGAGGAUGAGGAGGAUGAAGAGGAGACUGAUGAGUGUCAAGCAUACAUUAUGGAUGUUUCCAGUAACAUCUCUGAAAACUUGAACUUUUACAUUGAUGGCAAAAUUGAAUCAAACAACAGCACCAGUAAUUGUGAAGUGAUUGAAGUUGACACCACUUGCCCAAAUCCAUUUGGACUAUCUUCAGUGCUUUUUCCAAUGACUGAUGAAUCUCCUCAGAACCUUAAAACAACAACACAAGUACCAGUAAUCCACACUGUUCUAAAAGAAUCAGCAGACAGUGACUUGAAAGGUCCUAAAAAGAGGCGAACCACUAGCCCUCUACCAUUUACAAAAACUAAAACAGAAUUAGGCAUUGAAACUAUAUCACCUGUUGUCUCCUCAUUUUGUGGUCUGUCUCUUCUUGGUCAGACCACUAACAAUUUAAGUGGGCAUCAGGAGAAGAAUACAUUGUCCUCAAAACUCAAGCAGCUGCUUCAGAUACAGGAAAGCAGUUCACCCAGGUCAACUCUGUUUCCAGACAGCUCAGUUGGUCCUUCAACAUCGACGGCACCCACAAUGGGAUUAAGUCGAUUCAAGAGGAGAACAAGUUCACCACCGAAUUCUCCACAGCAUAGUCCAGCAUUGAGCAGCACCGGAAAGGACACCGACUUUUUAAGGGUAUGGAGUGAAAGUUUACCUGGACUAAAAGCACCAAAAAUUGAAAGCCAGAGUAGUUCACCUGCGUGGAGUCUAUCCAGCAGAGAUGAAACUCUCAGCCCGUUGAGUCUUGAAAUGUGCAAAAUAACAGCUUCUAAAGAAUAUGCACCAAGCCGGCUUCCCUGCACCCAUUUGCCGCUAGAUCUAUCCAGUGGCAUAAAACUGCAACAUGAUGUAAAAACGGAACUAGAAGGACCUGGGGUAACCAUCUUAGACUUGAGUUUGCACAAAAAAUUGUGCAGUGACAGUGAAGUCAAAGAGGAUACAGGGAGCGUUUGUACUCCAGUCUCUUGCAGCAGUAAAAAGAAGAAACCUACAACCUCUAUGUUAGAGAAGGUACUUAUGAAUGAAUAUAAUGGCACAGAUCUAACAAUGAUCAAUAAACAAGAUACAGACUGCAGUCCUCAGCCGCAACUAGAGGUAGAGACACCACCUCAUCCUGACAUAACCCCAAAUUCAGUAACAACCCCUGCUCCUUCUCCUCCACCGCCUGUCCUUUCUGUACCUUCACCUCUUCCAGAGUCAGUUACCCAAGUUUUACAGUCAGUAACCCCUGCUUUGUCACCAGUAGGUAUAAAUGUUAAGGAAGAAAUUAAAGACGUUGGCUAUCCAGACACUGAUAGUGAGCAAGUAUUGAAUUGUAUUCUUCCACCCACAAUUGAACCAGAAUCGCUCCAAGAUGUACUCAUUAAAAACUCUACUGAUGAUCAGAGUGCAGAAAAUGUUCAGUCCUCCGUUCAAGAGGCGAAAUCUGAAACAACAUUUACCAAAAGCUUUCAGUGCAAUGUCUGUGAAACUCCUUUCCAUUCUAUCAAGGAACUAACCCAACAUUUGUUGGUUCAUGCUGAAGAAUGGCCUUUCAAAUGUGAGUUUUGUGUGCAACUUUUUAAUGAAGCUAAUGCAUUGUCUGAGCAUCGGUCAUCUUUGCACGGCGUAGGCAAGAUUUUCGUGUGUUCUGUCUGCAAGAAAGAGUUUGCGUUCCUUUGCAAUUUACAGCAUCAUCAGCGUGACCUACAUCCUGACCAGCAGUGCACACACGUAGAGCUGGAAAAUGGAAUGCUGAGGCCUCAAAAUUACACUGAUCCAGGCAAAGCCACCAGCUGUUCAAAUCAGCCAAUAGAAGAAAGUUCUACAUCGCCAUCUCAUGAGGUGGAGGAAGAUGAUGAUGAUUCCAAUGAUUUAACAGAGGAAUUGUAUACUACCAUAAAGGUAAUGGCAUCCGGGAUAAAGCCAAAAGGCCCUGAUGUCCGUAUGGGUCUCAAUCAACGCUAUCCGAGCUUUAAGCCUCCUCCAUUUCAAUAUCAUAACCGUAAUCCUACCAGCACAGUGUCAUCGGCUGUAAACUUUACUACACACAAUAUUCCUCAGACCUUUAGUACAGCCAUCCACUGUACAAAAUGUGGCAAGAGCUUUGAUAACAUGCCAGCAUUGCAUAAACAUAUCCUGGCUUGUGCAUCUGCUAGUGACAAGAAACGCUACACCCCAAAGAAAAAUGCCAUCCCACUGAAAAAGAAAGUGUGGAAGAAAAAUGGGGCAAUUGCUGCAGAGCCAGCCAGGCAGAACACCAUUCGGAGAAUGGGGCAACCGAAACGGCUCAAUUUUGAAGUGGAGACGAAGCCAAAAGUGACCAUGAACAAGAUCAAAAUGAAUGCUCUAAAGAAUAAAAAAAACAAACUGGUGCAGAAGGCAAUCUCGCAGAAGAACCGUUCAUCUGCCAAGGAGAAGGCCAUAUUGAAAAACAGGAGCUCGGAAAGCCACAAUUGUCCUUACUGUGAGAAAGAAUUUACUUAUCUCGGAAGCCUCAAUAAACAUGUUACCUACAGUUGCCCCAAGAAACCAGCAUCCCCUCCCUCAAAAGGGUCUAGUUCCCACUCCCCUGCCAGCAGUGACAAAGGAGGUGGCCAACGUAGGAGGACAGCAGACACUGAAAUCAAGCUGCAAAGUACGCCAGUUCUUUUAGGAAAAAGGAGAGGAAGAAUGCUGGGAUCAUUGCAAGCAGAGUCUGUUUCCUUAGCACCAAGGUUGCAGCAGCGAAUGAGAUCUGUACCUCCAGUAAAAUCAAAGAAGCCAAGCACAUCACCUAUUGUCUCCAGAACUACAAGCCCAGUAAGAUCAAUGAAAGUGUCACCAGUAGAGGGAAAGCGGUUAAAAUCUGAUUCCAGGCAACGGUCUUCUGCCAACUCUGGCUUCACUUCACCAAGGCUGUAUCUUCGAAUGAAGAAUAAAAAAGUUGUUUGGCAGAGGAAAACAAAUGUAAUGAAGCAAAAAAGAUCAGAGAAGUACUUGGGGAAAACAAAGGAAACUCGAACAGGUGCUGUUACAAGAAGUGGGGCUCCUGGAGUUACUGAUAGCAAUGACAGUGAAUUGGAAGAUGACCAGGAGAACCAUGGAUCGUCAUCAGAUGAUGUUCAGGUUUAUGCAGUGAAGAUGGUGAGGUAACACCGUUGUUUGUCUCUUAAUAAUUGACUUGAAAAUAAAACAUUGAACCUAGGCUGCCAUUCAAAUGGGUCUACGGAAUUGGUCGUACUGGAUUGCAAGAGACGCAAGAAACCUGGUGAUCUGUUGUGUUUUGUCUUUCGCUUCAGAGAGAUCUUCCGGUGUGUUGAUGCAAACCUCUGAAAGCAGGAAGUGUUAAAGAAAUGUUUCACAUUGUGUCCAACCAUCGGAUCCUUUACGAAUGUGUGGCCUGUCUGCGAUUAUGGGAAAUGGCAAGACUUUGGGGGACUAAAAAAAAGAGACAAUAUCUGGCAUGCACUUUGUGAAUUGGAAAAUUUAAGUAAAACACAGUAUCAGUCCAUAGGCUGUGCAUGGUCACCUAAGCAGCAAUUGGCAGUAUGAGUCUUCAAUGAAAUAUCCUUUUGGAAUAGCAGGGGCAGAACUGAUUUGGAAUCAGUCCUGUCUGUUUCUAAUACUCUUUUUGUUGGGGAUAGGGGGGGUGGGGGGAGUGUCAGGAAAUCCAGUUUGAGAUAUAUUAUUUCUGCUGAUAAGGUCUAAAGGGAGAAUAUUAGUGCAAGGCUAUCUCUGUGCACCCAGCUCCUCCCUCAUUCUGUUUCCUGCUGUAUAAUUUUUAAGAGACCCUUUUAUAAAGUAAGUGCACCUCAAAUAACAAGACUGAAUGCAUUGCACAAAACUGCUACCAAACUGGUUUUCACCAGGUCUCAUGCCCAGAAACACUGCUGCAGUCUGUUUUUUUUCCCCCUGGGCUUUCAGUAGUGAAUUUCUUUUGCUUUAUUCGCUUCCUCAUCACCCCCACCUGUUUCCCUGCCAUGCUUUCUUUUUCUCUUCAUCUCUGAGGAAGCUAUCUCCUCUUCUCAAGGCGCUCUGUUUCUACUGUAAUUUUUUGGAUGAAUUUUAGACUUGAAGGGGGAAAGAUACUAUUUUUCACAACCCAUUUCUGUUCUUAAAAGUGAUCUACCUCUUUAAAAAAAAAUUUGUAAUCAACUUCUUUUGCGAAGUCCACGCCACUUUAGCUCUCCCACUCUCAAAACCAUUCCUGUUUUGUUUUGUUUCUUUUUGUGGGGACUUUGUUAAAAUAAAAAUUGUAUGAAGUGUUUGUAGUAAUUAAAUAACAUAGGAUAUAUUUAAAAUUAUUUAAAUUGUGUUUCAGGCAACAUGUCUGAUGUAUGUGAUUCCUUCAUUG